AUUUUAGGUCUGGCGAAUCCUUGGUGGACCACGCAGGUGGGGCUGCCGGGGCUCGAUCAUCAUCACCCGGCGGCGGUCAACUCACCAAUCUUCAAACAAAGCGAUGAAAACAGCGGCGGAGGAAGCGGAAGCCGAGAGGACGACGAUGAUGACAACAACCGUGAUGAGCCGAAAGAAGGUGCUGUGGAGACCGGAAACCGGAGACCAAGAGGGCGUCCACCUGGAUCUAAAAACAAACCAAAACCACCCAUCUUCGUCACACGUGACAGUCCCAACGCCCUUCGGAGCUACGUUCUAGAGGUGGCUGCCGGAUCUGACGUGGCGGAUUCAAUCGCCCAAUUCGCUCGGAAGCGCCAGCGUGGCGUCUGUGUCCUCAGUGCAACCGGCUUGGUCGCUAACGUCACGUUACGUCAGCCUACUUCUCCCGGUUCGGUAAUGCCACUCCAAGGAAGGUUUGAGAUUCUCUCUUUAACCGGCGCGUUUUUACCCGGUCCAGCCCCACCCGGAUCCACCGGGCUGACCGUUUACUUGUCGGGCGGUCAGGGGCAGGUUGUCGGCGGGAGCGUUGUUGGGUCGCUUGUGGCGGCCGGUCCUAUUAUGGUAAUUGCUGCUACUUUUUCUAAUGCCACUUAUGAAAGGUUGCCUCUUGAAGAUCCGGAGGAUCAUGAAAUUGGCAGUGGAUCCGCCUCACACGGCGGCGCUACAAGCCCACCACAGGAAAUUAGAGGCGGUGGGCAGAUGCCAACUGGGAUGCCGGAUCCCACUUUGCCGUUGUAUAAUUUACUGCCCGACAUGAUGCCCAACGGCGUUCAGCUCGGCCACGACGGCUAUGCUUACGUCCGACCGCCGUAUUGAAAUCUUAAAUUAUGAGAACAAGAACGUUAUACUGAUUAUUAGGAUUGAUGAGACCAAAAAAAAAAAAAA